AUGGUGACGACAAUUAAAAUCACCGGCGAUGGAGUGUUCAUUCAAUCGGUGAACGGUGCCGGUCCCGGCGGUGGAGGACCGGCAGGUGGUGGUGGUGGCCGAGGGCGACGGCUAGCCGGUGGCGGAAAUGGAGUUGUCGGGAGUGCUGCAAUCGGAGAGGCUGCGUUGCCGGUUCCCGACAGCGAUCGGAACGGGCACCAACGGAAUGGCCACAACGGCGGAUCGCUGGAUGUGGUCGACGGGACCACCACCGUGGGUCCGCCGCAGUCACCGUCCCCAUCGCCACUGCUGCCGCUGAACGAUACGAACAACAACCAGAAGGGCUACAGGAACUUUAAUCACCGCCGGUACCAGUCGGACGAAGGUCCGGGAUUUAUUAAACCGGACCAGGCCGUGCUGAAGAAUGGCGGCGAUAGGGGAAGCCCCGCAGCCACCGGGUCGUCGGCGUCGGAUGUGGGUGGUGAAAGUGAUGGUGCCAUCAUCGGGCCGGCCGAUCCGGGCCGGAAGCGGGAUAAGUUUACGAUUUCGUUCCUGAACACGCACCGGUCGGGGCAGACGACCGCCGGUGGUGGUGGCAAGGGCAUGCUCAACCACAAGUUCAUCGUGUACAACAGCAAGAAACCAAAGACCUCGUCGGUGCUGCACCAGCAGUACUACCAGCAGCAGCAGCACCAGCAGACGGCGGGGGGCUCGGUAAGCCACUACCAGCAGUACCUGUACAAUCGACUCCGUCCGUCACUGUCGACGUCGGUGCUGACUUCGCCCUCACUGCUGACCGGCACCGGGCCAAUACAGACCAACGGACGGACAGACCAACACCCGCAGCCGCCGCCGUACCAGUUGAUCCCCCAGCGGGAUCCACAGCAGCUCUAUCAGAAUGGUCUAUUUCAUCAGCAGCACCGGGCACUGCUCGGUACGGCACCGCCCGCCGCCAUUCCCGGGUGGACCAAGUCUACCUCCUGUCUCGUGACGAGUAGCACCAGCAACUCCUCGUACAGAGCCUCCCCGUUGUUGCUCCUGUCGCCGUCCGAUUCUUCGCCACCGUCCGGAUUGGGUCCAGCCUCAUCUUCGAUAUCCUCCCCGAUUUCGUCACCAUUCUCAUCAUCGUCCUCGUCGUCCGCCUCACCGCCGGUAUCCUCCGGACCGAGUUCCUCAUCCAACUCUCCCCCGCCAACGGUAACACCACCACCACCAGCAACCACCACCUGUGCACCGACAACCCCGACGACGACGACGUCAUCAGGAGCGCCACCAUCAUCGUCAACGGCAAAUCUUGGUCAGUAG